CUCUCUCAUCCCAUGCUUUGUUAUCGUCGUCGGUCUCCGACCAAACCCUUUCCUUCGGAAUCUGAGCGCCGUGAUGGAACAGAUGCGGCUCAAUAUUGUUGGUAAUGUUUCUCUCGAUCUGGGUGGUUCCAUAUGAAAGCUCCGACGCUCUGGUUACAGUAGUGGUUGUCAGUGUUAGAGGGUGACGGUGACGUCAUUGGAGACUCCGCUAUCCAUCGGAUUAGGGUUUGUCCCGAUUGAUGCGAGAUCUUAAUUUGUUGAUGGCGGUUCUCCGGGACCUGUAUCCUCCAAUCAAUAGUUUGAUUCGUAGGAAGAAGAUUAUUGAUGCAUUAAAAGUGGUGAAAAGUGAAGGUAUCAAACCGUGGGGGCGAGCUACACAAGCUAAGCUUGGAAGCCGUCUGGUAGAACUAUUAAUAAAAACAGCUUAUGUGCAACUUCCCUUGACCCAAUCAGGGUACUUUAUACCCGAGUUUCGACCUGAUGUUAGUACCACCAAAGAGAUGGAAGGAUAUGACAAGGGUGGCUACUUGUUUUUACGUUCAUAUCUCAAAGCGUACACACGGAUCCAAGAAACAGCAAGAUGCACUUAAAAUAUUAGUUCCAAGGUGUUUGGUAUCUCUAUUUCUGUUGGUUUUAAUUUUGAGUUUUAUACUUUAAUCUGGAUUUAUCUUGCUGUUCAUCUUGUUCUUUGUUAGUUUUUGAUUCCCUGUGGUGGGGCUGUAAUUUCUAGGAAAUUUUUAUUUCGCUGGUUUUCUUCUUUCCGGUGACGUUAAUGUUAAAUCCAUGUAUCUCCUAUUUUUGUAUCUUGCUUUGGUCAGUGGAGAGAGAGAGACUUUGUUCGAGUAUGCAUGGGGGCUCCGAAGUAAAUUACACCUCUUCUACCCGCAUCUGUUCAUCCCGGACACCUAAUUAAUCUUUUUUGUCUAGAUCCGCAAAUAUGUUUCGUUUCAUGU